UACGCUCCUCUCCCGGAAUCCUGAUUGGCUGGAGAUAGGAAGGAGCACGUCACUAAAAACCUGGAAGCAUUCUCGGGAGUUCAAAGGCUUCCCUUCCGCUUCCUGUCUGUAUCCCCUCCCCCCCUUUGGCUACAGUCCCCUCCCCCUCCCUUCCCCCCCGAAGCCCCCGAGGGGCCGGAGCUCCAGGCUGUGCGGGAUCCCAGCCUCAGCUACUCUAGGUUGGUCUGCCACAAUGUCUGAAAGAUCAGAUCUCCUUCGCUUCAAGUUUGAAAAUUAUGGAGAUUCAAUGUUACAAAAAAUGAACAAGUUAAGAGAAGAAAAUAAGUUUUGUGACGUCGCAGUUCAUAUAGAUGAUAUUGAGGUUCAGGGACAUAAAAUUGUGUUUGCCGCAGGCUCACCCUUCCUAAGAGACCAGUUUUUACUGAAUGAUUCCAGAGAAAUAAAGAUUUCCAUAUUGCAGAGAUCAGAAGUGGGGAGACAAUUGCUACUAUCCUGUUAUAGUGGCAUUCUGGAAUUUCCUGAGAUGGAACUGGUAAAUUAUUUGACAGCUGCAAGCUUUCUUCAGAUGAGCCACAUUGUAGAACGAUGCACACAGGCCCUUUGGAAGUUUAUAAAGCCCAAGCAGUCUUUGGAAGGCAAAGAGGAAUGUGAACAGCAGAGUGAUUCUUCAGAGACAAAAGAACAGCAGGUAGAUGACAGAGACUCACAGGAGCAGGAUUCCCCCUGUAUUCAACCCUCUGAGGAUAGUAUGGACAUGGAGGACAGUGACAUUCAGAUUGUUAAAGUAGAAUCAAUUGGGGAAGUUUCAGAAGUUAGGAAUAAAAAAGAUCAAAAUCAGUUUAUUUCUUCUGAACCAUCUGCUUUACAUUCCUCAGAACCCCAGCACUCCUUCAUUAAUUCAACUGUGGAAAACAGAGUAAAUGAAAUUGAACAAAACCAUCUCCACAAUUAUGCUCUUUCUUAUGCAGGUAGUGAUAAUAUCAUUAUGGCCUCUAAAGACUUGUUUGGUCCUAAUAAUCGUGGCAUAGACAAAGGCCUUCAGUGGCAUCACCAGUGCCCAAAGUGUACCAGGGUGUUUCGUCAUCUAGAGAACUAUGCUAACCACUUAAAAAUGCAUAAACUCUUUAUGUGUUUACUCUGCGGAAAAACAUUCACUCAGAAAGGCAACCUCCACCGACAUAUGCGAGUACAUGCAGGCAUCAAACCUUUUCAGUGUAAAAUCUGUGGGAAAACCUUCUCUCAGAAGUGUUCCUUACAGGAUCACCUUAACCUCCAUAGUGGAGAUAAGCCCCAUAAAUGUAAUUAUUGUGACAUGGUUUUUGCACAUAAACCAGUUUUGAGGAAACACCUGAAGCAGUUGCAUGGUAAAAACAGCUUUGAUAAUGCUAAUGAAAGAAAUGUGCAAGACCUCACAGUGGAUUUUGAUUCUUUUGCUUGUACCACAGUAACAGAAACUAAAGGGUGCCAGCAGCCAUCAGAUGCAUCCCAGGUAUUAGAUGCAGGUAAACUGGCCCAGGCUGUACUGACUAUAAGGAGUGAUGGUACUUGUGUUAAUUAAGUAGAGUUCUACAAAUAACUAAUGGUUAACCAAGAAAGCAUGAAGAACAAUUAAGUGUGACCUUGGGGAUGGGGUGGGGAGCAUUUUGGUUAAUUUGACUAGUGUAAACAGUUGGGGCUCAAUGAAAGCACCUGCUGAGUUGCUAUUGCUACAUCGAGGUGUUUUAACUCCCUUUUUACCCUAUUUUCAGUGAUAAAUUUUCUUUCUAUAAGUAUCUGGUUUUCUUUUUUGAAAUUACUACACUGAAGGUCAAUAAUAUGGACUCCUAUUUCUGACUGGUUCCAUUUCUGUUUGUUUGUGGGGCAUGGUAACAACAAAUUAACCUCAACUAUUUUUCAUCAAUAGAUGCCAUGUUAGGGGAAAUGAAAAACACUGUAGAUUGUGAACAAAAGUGGCUGAAAUUUUUAAAAAAGUGUUUAUAAUGUUUAACCUUGACUUCAGAUAGCGUGAACCACUGGCUGCUCAAUAGUAAAGUCAUUUGUUUUUGUUAACAUUUUAUUUCUUCCACAAACUCCAUUUGAGUUCAUCUUAAAGUUCACAGGAAGCAUAUUUAGUUCAUUUUAUGUACUUUUAAACAGUAUUAAUAUUUGAUUUCCAUUUUCUAAGUUAUUCACAUGAAUCAGAUGAUACACAUUGUUUUUUUCAGCCUCACUUGCUUAUACAAGUACAGAGCGCUGUUAAUACUAAUAUAAUCACAUAUAAAAGACAGCAAUUGAAAUCACUGUGUUAACAAAAUGGAUAUCUUUGGUUUUUCAAUUAAAAUAUUACAUGAAAAGGCCAUUUGCAUCUAAUAACAGUGUUACUCAUCUAUUGAUUUUCUUAAAGCUAGGACAACAGAUGAUAAAAGUACUUAAUGGAUGUGUUGAAGAGUAAUGAUCUUUAAAAAAAAAAAAAAAACAACUGGUAAAUCAACUUGGUAGUUGAUAUACUUUGUCAGGUGAGCCACAGUCAUAGUGUGUUUGAUUUAAAAAAAAAAUGUAUACUGUUUGAUACUUUGUAGAAGUUUACAAAAUCUCCACAAAUUAUAAGUGCACUUUUCUGUAGUUAUAGUGUACUUCCAAACCUAAAAUAACUGAAAAAAUCCUUAAUGAAUUAUAAAGGGCACAUAUUACAAUCAGAUUUUUCUUUUGAAGGUGUCCAAUCUUAUUUCCUUACCUGUAAGACUCACUAGCACCAUGUCAAUCCAUUUGUAUAGGUUUUUUCCUUUGCCUCUUGAAUAAUAUUUUGGAUUCUUAACUAUUAUAUGACAUAUGAGUUAGAUUUAGAUAGUCUUAGCAUCAUAGAAUAUUAGAGCUGAAAGGGACCUUAGAGAUAAACUAGUUGAGUUCCUUUUCACAGUUGAGGAAACUGAUUUCCAGAGUGGGAAAUGACUGACCCAAUAUCAUUUAAAACAAAGCUUUUACUUCACAUGUUCCUCAAGGCUUUAUUAAUAACUAUUUGAUAUUCAAGGUAAAAUAUUACAUGUUAACUGGAGGUUUUAUGUUUCCUCUUUAAAUCAUUGCUGGGUUUUAGGCCAAGAAAGUUGUUUACUAGCUAACUAUCACAUAAUAUUCAUUCCCAUUUAGAAAUUCUUUUCUACUUCAAAAGUAGUAGUUUGAAGAAUAUUCUGUUGUUACAAACUCUGAGAUAAAUUUGCUUAGUGGUAAUGCUUGUUUGCUAUAUUGUUCCUUCCUUUGGCAAGUAAGAAUACAUAGUGGAAGUUGAAUGGGGACUAAACCCAAACACUUUCUAAACUAGAUUGUGUUCAUUUCCAUCAAAUUAAAAAAAAAAUUCUUUUUGAGUGCAUGUAAAGAAACUUAGAUGAUUUGAGGGAAUUCCUGUGGUUGGUAUAUUGAAUGCUAUAUCUUGUGAAUCUAGUUGGAAACAUUGUAUCGAUCAAUAUAGUUUAAAAAAUACUUUCCCGUGUUAUUUGCCAGACAACCUAAAUGGAGAAUAUGUUGAAGGGUAGAGCCAGUAAGCACUUAACCUUAAUUAUAAUAAGCAGAGCAGAUUGUGAUAUAGCUGCUCCCUGACAAUACCUACUUUUACAAAGUCUAACUGAAGAUACCAAUGCUAUGCAACAAUGAGAAAUUACAACAGGAUAUUUAAACCAUUUUGUUUUAUGUUUGAGUAACAUUUGAUUAUAGGAAAAUUAUAUGGCAUAGUCAAGGGACUUAAGUUCAUUAAAUGACAGUUGUACUGCCAUUCUUGUGAUGUUUUUGUCUUAGUGUAUUGACUAAAUAGGCAAGAGUUCAAAUUUACAGCUCUUUUACUUAAGACUUGACUUCCUGGGUUUUUAUCAGAUAAUGUAGAAAAUUAGGACAAGUCCAGUGCCCUCAUCUUUCAGAGGAGUAAACAAAACACCAGGAAGUUAACUUGCCAAUGUAAUGGCAGAACUAGAACUUCUCAAAAUAUCUUAGGGGCAGACUCAAUGACAGGUACUAAAAAAAGUCUUGAUACCCAUCCCGGCCAGUGUUUUCCCUGUUAUUCCACAGUUGCCUCAUGUGGUCUCUGACUUAACAACAAAAAAUAAUGAAGACUACCUUGGAUUAUUAAGAGCACUUAAAAUAAGAAUAUCCUGACACUUUGGCUUUAUUUACUAUCAUUAUUUCCUCCUAGGAAAACCUUUAGUUUGCACUUCUCUGCAAAUAUAAAUCACUAAAGUGACUGAACUCUCCUCUAAUUGUUAGCUGGAGUGAAAGUCCCUUUCAUUUCUGUGAGAUUUUCUUAAUGAAGUUCAAUGACACUAUAUUAAAUUUGCAUUUUAGCUAGAAUUUGAUUUUUUCAAAUAUGUAGGUUUCCUAGCUUGUAUUGAAAUUUGACCAGACUACUGAAUGACAUAGAAAACUAUUUGAAAUUCUUGUGGUAGAAAGACUAAAACUUUUUAUUCACUCAGCAUUAGAAUUUUAUAGAUCUUUGAUGUUAUAACCCUAUAAAGCACAAAAGGAAGAAGGAAUCCUGUUAAGUUUUAGCACUACAGUUUAGAAUUUAAAAAAUUAAAAGCACUUAGUUGAAGUGACUAACAUCUAGAAAGGUAAAUUAGAUAUGGGUUUAACUCCUUUAAAAUUUUUUCACUAGAAGCUGUAUAAAUAGGGCAUUCCUCUGAGACCAGGUUCACCUUUUCACUACUGUCAAAUACAUAGCAAAGUACUUAUUUCCAUUGUCUACUUUCAGCUAAUGAACAGCUGUCAUAAACUUGUUGUAUGUUACACAUACUGACUACAAACUACCUCUUCACCUAUUAUGAGGAAGUUUCCUUAAUAAAAGUGUGACAACUAAAA